CGCGCGUGCAAUGUCCAGGCGGGCCGUCAAUCAGACCCAAAAGAGACAGGGACAAGUUCCUCAGCACCGGAGAGAACGGCGAACUGAGCUCUAACACUGGAAGUAUGUCAGUGCUGGCACUGCAGGAAUAUGAAUUCGAGAGGCAGUUCAAUGAGAGGGAAGCUAUUCAAUGGAUGCAAGAAAAUUGGAAAAAGUCUUUCUUGUAUUCAGCUCUGUACGCAGCAUUUAUAUUUGGUGGUCGUCACUUGAUGAAACAGCGGGCAAAGUUUGAGUUGAGGAAACCCUUGGUGGUGUGGUCACUGAGCCUUGCACUCUUCAGUAUUAUUGGUGCUGUCCGUACUGGAGCAUAUAUGGUAUAUAUCCUGACAACCAGUGGCUUGAAGCAAUCGGUAUGUGACCAAGGCUUCUACAAUGGACCGAUCAGCAAAUUCUGGGCAUAUGCAUUUGUGUUGAGCAAGGCACCUGAGCUAGGGGACACGUUCUUCAUUAUAUUGCGGAAGCAGAAGCUCAUUUUCCUACACUGGUACCACCAUAUUACCGUACUGCUUUACUCUUGGUACUCGUACAAAGACAUGGUGGCUGGAGGAGGGUGGUUUAUGACAAUGAACUAUGGUGUGCAUGCUGUCAUGUACUCCUAUUAUGCUUUGCGGGCAGCUGGCUUCAGAGUCUCACGCAAGUUUGCUAUGUUCAUCACCAUGACACAGAUCACCCAGAUGGUACUGGGCUGCGUUGUUAACUAUUUGGUGUAUGAAUGGAUGCAGCAGGGUCAGUGCCCAUCACACAUGCACAACAUUAUCUGGUCCUCCCUCAUGUACCUCAGCUACUUUGUCCUCUUCUGCCAGUUUUUCCAUGGGGCCUAUUUGAGCAACAGUACCAGGAAAACACUGAAGGCCAACUAGAACUGGAUGGUUUGAGGCCACAGCUCAGGGGCAUCAGUCACAGGCACAGUGACAUGUAUUGAGUACUUCAAAAUGGCAGCCUGUGUUCAUUAGGUUGGUUUAAUCCAUUUGAGCUCAUGACACCUCAGUGAGAUCAUCCUUAGAAUUUUCAAAUAGUAAGACAGACACUCCUUUAGGUGUGCUAAAAGGUGAUGUGAUGCAUAUGUGGACUGUAUCAGUUGUUAAAUGUCAGUACGGGGGUUAGUGAUCUGACUUUUUUUAAAAUCCUGGAUCAACUGAGGUACAAAAAUGAGCUUAAUGGUUUAUGCCAAUUAGUAUUGAAUCUCAAGGGCAGCUAGAAGAACCAAAAGCUUCAAAAAAAUUAAUGGUUUUAAAAAAAAAAAUAUUUUUUUUACGUUAUUCAAAUAUAAAAGAUUCUGCACUGAUAAGAUUAUGAGCAUCUUCCUGACCCUGAUCAUCUCCUCUGAUCAUAAAAAAUAAAGUGUUCUGCCUUUAGAAAUACCCCUUUUCUUUUGAACAUGCAAUGUUGGAGAGCAUUUGCAUUUGUACUUUGUAUGGUCUUUUAAAAGCUACUAUUUGAAUUAUAAUGUUAUUAUUCCUAAUAGAAAUAGCAGAUUUAACUAAAGUCAAAACAUUAUCACAUUUUAGAUGUACAUUUGCAGGAAAAAAAAUCAGUUACGAUUUUAUUUUUCCCUUAUUUCUUUCCUGAAUAUUGAAAUGAAACUAUUUGAUAUUAGCAACCUCGUUAGUAUGUUCAUUGAAAUUCUUGCGUCUAUGGGUGUUAACUUAUUUUAAUCUUAAAUAUAAAAUGGAGGACAAAGAGUUUCAUGCAAAUGUAUUAAUGAAAAUACUAACAUCAUAUGGAAUGGUUUCAGUGUACAUUUGUUAAUUACAUAUGGUAAAUUAAAAAAUCUGCCUCACUCACUUGUCAAUUGAGAGUAAGCCUAUGUAAGAACCAAGGCUUUUUUUUCUUGGUUUUCAGUUUCUCUACUUAUUUUCUAUUCUGAGGCACUUAAAAUUGCUCAAGUACAUUGGUUCUUUCCCAAACUACUCGACCUUCCCAGAGUGCAUUCAGUUUCACUCAAGCUAAAUUGCUUACUUAGUUGUUUGCAUUUCUUUGCCAUUAUUUCAGAAAUUCUAAUUUUAAGUAAUGAUGUUUCUGCUCUUUCUUUGCUAUUUCAUCUUUACUCUUUUAAGUUUAUAAAAUUUGAGAGCUGUGGGUAUUUGUAUACUACUACAACAAUCUAAAACAGUUUGUUUUAGAAAUUUAAGCAUUUAAGAAAUUUAAUUGAUCAAAAAAGGCUGAUGGGACCAUCUAUGUACACAUUAUAGAAUUUGGGUUUUACGAAGAUCUUUAUAUAAACAAGCCUGGGAUACUUUUACAGAUAUUUUUACUUGUAUUUUUUGAUACUGUGGUCUUAUGGUUAAAUGAUUCAAUGUAAAUAAAUUCUGGGGCAGUGAAGCUUUGAGAGAGAUUAUUUAACCUUUAAUAUACAAACUAAGACAUGAUUUUUCAUAAUUUUAAAGUAAAAAUCUUCACAUCGGCAUUUAUCAGGCAUACAGGCUUUCCAAAUUUGAGCUGUGUUUUUUGGUAAAACAAUUGAUUCAGAGCCAAAGUAAUGUACCCUGCUGUGAAUUAUCAACUGACAAUGCUGUAACACCUAAUAAUAAAUAUUUCUAAAGUGUU